UUCUGUGGAAAUGGGAAAUCCCAGGCGUUGGCUUACUGCGUGUGUUUUAUUCUCAUUUUUUACAUACAGCUACAAGGUCCAAAUAGUUUGAAUGAACAAUAUUGUAGAAAAGAUACUGAAAUAACUUACCAUUGAAGAAAUACAGAUAAAAGGAAAGGAGAAAAGACAUCCAACAUGGCUGCAUGUUCUGAAGGCAUGGGGAGCUCCCCAUCCUCAUUGGAGGAUUCUGACAGCAUAGCAAACACUUUAGAUGAAACAUUCCUGCAGUGCCCAAUCCAUUUGGAACGCUUCAUAAAUCCUAAAAUGCUGCCUUGUCUUCACUCGGUUUGUUACGAUUGCUUGGAACAAUGGGUUGAGAAGAAGGAUGGAAUUCUUGAGUGCCCGGAAUGCCGCAAAGAGCACCCCAUCCCAAAUGAUGGCCUCAAAGGUUUACCGGAUAACUUCCAUGUGAAUAAUCUCAUUGAGUUCCUUCAGAAGGUCGGCGGUAAAAGUCGGGGAAAUGUUGAAGGAGAAAGUGCAACUCAUACUUGUGGUCUUUGUAAGAAGAGUGAUGAGGUAGAACUGUGGUGUAUUGACUGUGCUUUUUACUUGUGUACCACCUGUAUACCAAUCCACAAUACAAUGGCCGGUGACCAUGAUACCCUUCCUAUUGAAGAAUUUGACAAACUCAGCGACUCUCAGAAGAUUCAUCUGAAGCCAGUGUACUGUAACAAGCACCCAAAAUUUAAAGUGGAAUAUUUCUGCAAAACCUGUGAAUUGCCUGUUUGCCAAAAGUGCACCAUUGUGCAACACAAGGCUCCAGAUCACAACCUGGAAGAGAUAGAGGAUACGUACAACAAGAUGUCCCAAGCUCUUAAAGAGCAGAUUACCAAGGCAAACAAAAAGAAAGAUUCAGCCAAUAGAGCACUAGAUACAAUGCAGCAUGUACAGGAAGAACUCCAAGAGCAACAUAUUCAGGCAUUGGAGGAUGCAGAGAACCAUGUGGAGUCCCUCAAAGCAAUGUUAGACAUGAACAUGACCAUCAUGCGGAUGGAAAUUGAACAAGACUACCAGAAGAAGGAAGCGGUACUUGAAGAGUGGCGGAGUAAAAUCAAAUUUUUUUCAAAAGAAAUUACAGAGGGAGUUUAUUUUGCUGAGAAUUUACUAAAGUUUGGUAACUUUAUGACUGUUACUACCACCUCCAAGCAAGCAUCAGUGUGUUUGAAGUCAUUGAUCACUGAACACAUACCAAAGCAAGCCAAGUAUGAUUUCAAAGUACAGUUCUUUCCAAAUGAAGAAUUUUUUGAUCAAAUAAAAGAGGCGAGUCUUGGAAGUGUUGAGAAACAAAACACAUUAUUAGAGAAAGCUAAGGAUGCAACCUGUCCAAGGAAUAAAAAGAAAGGCAGUAAAGAUGCAGGUGUACAUGAAGAGCAGGCUGGAGGAGACGAUCAGGAAAAUUUGGACCCAGAUUCUGAAGACGGUGAUAAGUCUAAAUCCGGGGAACCAUCAAAUGGUGCAAAGAAUAAGCGUAAACCAAAGACUAGAGGAAAGAAGAAGAAAAAGCCAUCCGUUGCAGAUGUUCCAGAUGAUGGUGUUGAAGAGGUUUCUGAUGCUGAGUCUACAACUUCUGAUGUCAGUUUCAUAUCAGAUGCCUCAGGUUUGACUUCUUAUUCCAAGUCAUUCAUAAUAAAUGCCAAUCCUAAAAAACCAUGUAUAAUCAGUAAAGAAAUCCAUCUCAGACUGUUGAUGAAAAAUGAAAACAAUCAACCCGUAAAAGAUAGUGCUCGUAACAGGACGAUACUGGUUGAGAUAGAACGGCCAAGUAGCGGCGGAAAGCGGGAAGUUAUAAAUGUUCGAGACAGAGGGAGUGACCAGUGUCAUAUAAAGUUUACGCCAUCUGAUAUUGGCACUCAUAAAGUGUUUGUCAGGAUCAAUGGGGAAACCAUUAAACGUUAUCCAUUUAGCUUGAAUGUUUCUACAGGGAUGAAAAGCACUUCAUCAGAUUCCAUGAUAUCUGGUGCUAAAGCUCCUUCCAGCCCUUUAAGAAAGAAACAUGGCCAUCCAGCUCCUGUCCCUCUCCUCUCUAUUCCACUUUUGCCAUCUUCAAUUGCCGUAGAUGCUAAGCUCAGAGAACCUUUGGACGUGGCUGUACUUGGUGAUGGACGCUUGGUUAUAACCAAUCGCUCCAGCAGAAGAGUUGCUGUGUUAGACAGUAAAGGAGAUUUCUCACAUAAUGUGUCUGUGCCCCAAAGUGAUGAAAGCCCCUUCAAUCCAACUGGAAUCACAGCAGACCCAACUAGCAGUAAUGGUUUCUAUGUUACGGAUGCAGAGAAACGCAAAUUCUAUCACCUUGAUGCAGACAACAACCUGAAAGGGAAUUUCUUUUCAUCUGAUCUGCAAACUCCAAUGGGGAUAACAACCCAUAAAAGUAGGAUUUAUAUCGUUGAUCACAAGGGUGUAAAUGUGAAGGUAUUCUCUACCUUAGGCUGGCUUCUCAACAUAAUUGGCAGGGCCCCUCACAACAUCUUCAAACAACCUUGGUUUGUAGCAGCCAAUAGCAGAGGUUAUCUAAUCAUUUGUGAUUCUGGUGAGAGCAAUGUAAAGAUUGUGAAUGAGAUGAGUCAGGUCCUGCAUGUUUUUCCGGUCAUGAACAAAGGGAGACCUACUGGGUUCCCCACUGGAGUUGCAGUUGCACCUAAUGAUAAUAUUAUCAUUAGUAGCACUCCCAAAGAUGGACCACCAAUGAUCUUUGAGUACAGUCCUGUGGGAAAGUUUAUAAGGUCAAUAAAUUUCUCUGGCGACAAACUCAAGCUUCCUCGUGGAAUGGCUAUUGCGAGACGUGGCAACCGGACCAUUCUCUAUGUGGUAGAUAUGCAUGGAAACUGUGUACGUCAGGCAGAAUUGUAAAACAGAUAAAUAUUGUUCAUAUUAUAAUAAAUCCUCUAAAUGUAAAAUUGUUAUUGCUAAAUCAGCUUAAGUAAAAGCAGCGGAUUCAAUUGCAUUAUUGGUGUCAAUUUAAAUAAUUGAUUAUUAAACUUUCAGUAAUUGGAUAUUUCUAGUCCAAAAUAAAGAAGUUGUUACAAUAAGUUUUGGAGAUAAUAAUAGUAAUAGUUUAGGCUGUUUUUGCCCAAAUCAAAAUCAAAAUCAAAAUCAAAUUUAUUUCACUUGUAACAUAGAUUACAUACACAAUUCAAUCAAGUAAAUGUAACAAAAAAAAAAGCAAGCAAGGGUUGCUGAGUGGGCAUAAGCCCAUAUAAAAAACUCCCCUAUACAGGUUAAUUUAAUUAAUAGAAGAUAAGCAGUAAAACUACACGAAACAAUUAAACUAUAUAGAAACUUAAAGACUUAGAUGUUGAAUUAAUUAAAUAACUUUAAAAUAUAACAGAACAUAAAUGAAUUGCCAACAAAAAUUCACUUUAUAUGUGAAUACUUAUACUUAGGCCUAAUUAACAAAAUUAUAUAAUAAAUAAAUAAAUAAAUAAAGAUAAAUAGACAAAUGAAUAAAAAAAAAUAAAAAUAAAUAAAAUAUAAAUUUAAAUAAAAUAUAAAUUAAUUAUAAAAAUUUCACUUUAUAUACAGGAUGUGAAAGUCAGCUUACUUAGGCCUAGUAACAAUGACGAUAAUAAAUUAAAUUGAAAAUAACUAAAGUCUAUACAAAAUCAAGGUAAAUACAACAAAAGCCUGUGGAAUAUAUUUAGGAGUUACAGUUAUUUAAUUAAAAUGAUAUUAUCUAAAGGCAAAUCUAAAAUCUAAAGGUCCACUGUAUGGUUGUAGGUCCUUUCAUUGUUAUCUGCUCUUUUCAUUACCUGCUUUUGCUUUGUUAUCAUUACCAUUGUUAUUUUGUGGAUAUUUAAAUAGUAAUGAACAGUGUCUUAAUGGAUAAUUCUACUAUCUGAUAUGAUUAUUUGACAUAUGGCACAAUGGAUGUGGUUAAUUAAGUUUCACGUCAGGCUUUGAAUCACAUACUGUAUGCUUGGAAAGAGAGCUUUCUUCUCAUUUUCUAGGAGUGUAAAAUAGCUGCCUAGUAGAAUGUUGUAACCUUGAAUGUAAUGGUCUGCAAUCCACUGACUACAUCACUAGGAAUCCUCCCCAGGGAACUAAGGUAGUUGUAACCUUGCUUCCCAAUGGAUGUAGUGGUUUGUAUGCAAUGACAGAAUCCACUGCUAUAUCAGUAGGAAUUCUUCCCAUGGAAUUGAGGUUGUUGUAACCUUGCUUCCCAAUGGAGUUAAGGAUGUAGUUGUCUGUAUGCAAUGAUAUUAUUCACUGCCAUAUCACUAGGAAUAUGCCCCAGGGAACUGAGGAUUUUGCAACCUUGAAUGUAAUGGUCUGUAUUCAAUUCAUUGCUCACAAUGGAUAUUUCCCAGGGAGAAGUAUGCAAUGGUCUGUAUGCGAUGAUGCAAUUCAUUGCUACAUCUCUAUUAAUACUCCCCAGAGGACUGUGUAUGUUGCUUGUUGUGCAUGAUAUUUGCUUGGUAUGGACCAAUAUCAACAGGUACAGUAAUAACAUUGUAACUAAGAUUUAAAAAAAAAAUGAAAACUAUGAGAACACAGCAUUAUUAAUAAUACAGUGUUUACCGGUGAGUAAGUUGGGAGGCUACUUCAGAAAAUGUGUAUCUUUCGUAGCACAUCUUAUUGUAGUUUUCUGUCUUGUGAUUCCCAUGGCAGUUUCAUGGUAGUAAAACUUUUUGUGCAAGAGGUUCAGUUUGUUGGAAAUUCUUGUGCAGGAGAUGGCCGAUGUCCAAGAGACUUAUGCCACUCAUAGUAGACUUGAGGCCCCAGUUAUACAUGGACCUAAUUGUUGUAGUUUUAGUUGAAAUCAAUAAGGAAUUUUUAGAAUACUACUGUAACAAAAAACAGACUGCCUCCCUAUAACACAAACUGUACAGGUUGUUGACAACCAAGCUUCUUACAGUAAAACACUGGUACACAAUUUCUUGCUCUUUUGCAUCCACAUACAUUGCAUAAUAGGAGGUGUUUUUUGUGAUGAUUUUGUGUAUUGUGGCAAUGCAUGUCCUUUUAACAAAGGACUCUAAUUGUGUUAUGUACAGAUAGUGUCAAAUCUGUGUUAAAUCAAAGCUGAAAUGCUGUAAACUUUUUCUCUGUAAAAUUAUUUAUAUUUUUGUGAUAUAUGAUAGUGUGCAAAAUCAGUAAUUACUGUAUUAAUAAUGUAAAGCAUAUACAUUUCCACAAUAAGAUUGCCCUCCCUCACUGUACAGAGUGGUUGAACUGUAGUGUUUCAAUCUUUCUCCUUUCCUGUACAGAGUGAUUGGACCAGAUGUAGCGUUCCAAUCUCUCUACCUUGAGGUCAGGGUUUACCUGACUCAGGUGCGGAUCCAGUGGGGGAGGGGGGUGGCCAUGAGGGCCUGUGCCUCCUGUCGGUCAAGCCGAAAGAUAAAAAAAGAUGGAGAAAAAUUUGAGUUAAAGAGAGGAAAAGGGAGUGAACCCAUGAGUUGAGUGGCGAUCCAGCAUUGGGAGAAAGGAGAGCUCGAUUGUUUACCACUUGCAUACCACAGACAUAAAAAGACGUAAUUGUGUCUAGCAAAAUACAGAAUACCGUUAUUUAUGAUUGGUGUUCUUGGACAUUCCAAACGCAAAUAUGUUGCAUUUUAAAUUUGUCCUGUGAGACAGUGGGUUGACUUGGAGUUGGUGGAGGGGUAUGCUCUUGCACCAAUAAAUACUAGAAAAAAAUGAGGGAAAAAUGUUAGGCCUACAUAGAAGAGUAUAACAGAAUUGCAAAUAGUUCCCUCUCCCGAAACCCUUCUACAGCGCUUGACCCACAUCAAUUUAAUGUUGAUUAUGCAAUGAACCUGGCAUUUGUUGCAAAUCAAGUUGUACUAGUUGUAUUGCCUGAAAGUUAGUAUUUGCACUCAUUUUUGCAUUCAAUUUUAAAAAGAUGUUUGGUUUCAAAGUUGAAAACAUUAUUAUUGUCUAUUGCCAUACACAAGGUACUGUAGUGUACAUACAUCUAUCCUUGACAAAAGACGAGAAACACAGUAUACAUAGCAUCCCAGUAUGCGUAGCAUUCCAGUAUGCGUAGCAUUCCAGUAGUGGUUAUGUUAUGCUGUGGUGUGACUAUAGUUCUACCGAGUGGAAUAUUCUGAAAGUUCGGCCACUCUCAGAGUUGGUUUCUUUCAAGGUUGUAACAAAUUUAGUUUACUUCUAAAAAUUCCAUUUUGUGUUUCAUUUUGUAUUUAGCCCCAGUCUAAUCUGGGUAAUCAAAAUACGGGUGGUAGUACCUCAUAGCCCAGACUGGACGAUGAUACAACUGUAUCCCCAGUCUACUCUCGAUAAUCUAAAUACUGGUCGAGUGAGCCUACAUAACAGUAGACCAGGUGGCUUAUAAUAUUGACUUGCUUCACUUAUUUAUAUGCUCGUCUGGACCAAUUACAGCAGAGGCAUAUCUAGAGUAUUUACAUAAAGUACUGAUGAAGGAGGGAAACGAUGGAAAUUGAGUAUAAUUGUUUUGCUCGGCAUAUUUCCAGGAGGGGGUGCAAACUCUUUGGAGGCUUUUCCCCCUACACCCAUCCUUAAAUACGCGCUGCUGUAAUUGAGUAUACCAAUUGUAUCAUUAUUGGUCAGAACAAUGACUUUAUCAUAUAUAAAAGUAUAUGAUUAAAUGUAUUACUUCAUCAAGUGGAGUUGUAGCUAGUUGGUGGCUAAGAUGCUUGCUGUCCAUGUCAAGCAUACUGGGUUCAACCCUAUCAAACAGCAGCAAUAUUUCUUGCAACAAAAAAUAGCAAUGCACUCCUUAAACCUUGUAAUUAAACAGCCUUGCCACUGAACGUGAAAGAAAUAUUCAAGUAUUUAAUUCAUCAAAUUCGCAUUCAAGUUUAUGCUACAUUGAUGUUUACAUUAAGAAGUACAGUAUUGUUUGUUAUUCCAACUUACUUAUUGUGUUUUUUUCACAAAGAUGGACUUUCUUAUGUCAAAGCACCGAGUUUAUUCUGUUGUAGAAAAUAAUACUAUCAUCAUCCUGAGAGUUCUCAUUUAAUGACUGGAUUUGGUUAGAUAUUCACUCUGAUCUCCAGCUGUUUUGCAUCCUUCUCUCACCCAAGAUACAUGAACACAUGUGGAACAAAUCCCAAAUUUGAUUUUGUCUUUCAUUAGCCUGUUCUUUAGCAGCUGAAAAUAAUAUUAUGUUUUGCAAUAUUAAAAGAAUUUGAUUUUAUGUGUACAGUAGUCUGUAAUGCUAACCAUUAUUACAAUAGAAAAAAAACCAUUUGAAUUUAAAUAUUAUUGUAAGGCUAUGUCCACACUAUCACAUUCUGUGACAAAAAUAUGGGGACAUCACACAAAUUUGUCACAUAAAAUAUGAUAGUGUAAACAGACCUUAAAGAGGAGGAAAAUAUUUUCUUUUAGAAAUGUAAACUCUUUUGGUGUUAAAAUGUUUAAAAAAAUUAUUAGAAACAUCAAAAUACUAAGAAUAAAAGAUGUACUGACUGUGUUAAAAAAAACUUGCCGAAUUAUUAACAGUAUUGGAAAAAAAUAUUCUAAACAGAAAUAUGAGUUGUUAAAAUGAAUAAAUGUUUAAAUCAUAUGGUAUUUGAUGUUGAUUAACCUAAUUAAAAGAAAUAAUUGUGAAACCUCUGCUGCAAUGACUCCAAUAAACUUGUAAAUGUUGAAAAAAA